CCGAAAUUGUUGACCUUCAUGAUAGGUGAGGGCCGUGAGGCGCUGUUCUUUUCUGAUCCCUCGUUCCCGACGCUUUCGAAGCGAGUUCGAUCAAGAAUCGAAAUAAAGCCAUUCCAUGGCCGCUAUACAUGCUAGAGCACUGUAUCGUCUGAGAAUCACUGCAUCCAAAACGGUGGGAGGGUUUAGUACGACAGCUGCAACUGAGGGUUCCUCAGUUGAUGGGAUUAAAGAUAUCGUCGCCGUUGCUUCGGGGAAAGGCGGCGUGGGGAAAUCGACUACUGCAGUUAAUCUGGCUGUGGCACUUGCUAAGACAUACCAACUGAAGGUUGGCUUACUGGAUGCUGAUAUAUAUGGACCUUCUAUACCUACAAUGAUGAAACUCCAUGGAAAGCCAGAAGUGAGUAAAGAUAUGAAGAUGGUUCCUAUGGAAAACUAUGGUGUGCAGUGUAUGUCCAUUGGAUUUCUUGUGGACAAGGAUGCUCCAAUUGUGUGGAGAGGUCCUAUGGUAAUGAGCGCUCUUGAAAAAUUGACAAGAGGAGUUGCUUGGGGAAAUCUUGACAUCCUCCUUGUUGAUAUGCCUCCAGGAACAGGAGAUGCACAGUUGACUAUUUCUCAGAGGCUGAAGUUAUCCGGUGCCGUGAUUGUCUCGACUCCUCAGGAUAUUGCUUUGAUUGAUGCUCGAAGAGGAGCCAACAUGUUUCUUAAAGUUGAAGUUCCUGUACUGGGAUUGAUUGAGAAUAUGAGCUUCUUCAAAUGCCCCAGCUGUGGUCAGAAUUCCUACAUUUUUGGACAUGGUGGAGCACGUCACACAUCAGUGGAAAUGGAUUUGAGAUUUCUUGGCGAGGUGCCUCUAGAAAUGGAUAUCAGGAGUGGCUCAGAUGAAGGUAAUCCCGUAGUUGUCUCUACACCCAACUCUGACUCUGCUAAAGCGUACACCAAUAUGGCUGAUAAGGUGAUGCGACGGCUGGCUGAACUGGCAGAAGAGCGGCAGUUAGGCCCUCAAAUAUUGUUGUAAAUUAAGGUUUAGUUUAAUAAAGCAGUUUUUUAAUAUAAUUUUUUUUUUAAAGAAAUUUUAAUACUAAAAUAUUGCUUUUAAAAAUAAUAAUAAUAAUAAAAUUGUCUCAAAUGAAACCUAAGAGUGACGAGCCAAACUAGCAUUAUGUGCAAUCUUUGGGCUUGUCUUAAGUGUAAUCUGUAAGAUUUCUGUUCUUAAAGAUGGUAGAUUAAAAGCAUUCCCUCAGAUGUUUGGGCAACAGGUUGAUCUCAUCGUAUGGUUAUUUGUUUUAAAAAAGAAAUAUCAUAUUAUCUACAUGAAUGUAACAUUUAGUUCAAGGCUUUUAAAUGACAUGUCUUGUUCAUCCAAGAACUAUCAGAAUGCAAUGCUGUUUUUAUUUA